UCUCUCUCUAAGCUUGUAUUUAUUAACAACUACAAUUAUUCUUCCCCCUCACUUUUUUUUCUUUCUUUCUUCCCCUCUCUGCUUUACAAUCAACGUCUCUCUGUCUCUCUCUCUCUCUCUCUCUCUCUCUCUAUUCGGCCUACAUUCCUGGGAUCUGUUGGCUUUGCUUUUCAAGAUUCAAGUUUUGAACAGGUCAAAAUGACAGAUGCAAGGCAAGGUACAGCAUCGAUGGGUUCUUCGUCGCGAAGCCUUCCUGAUUUCAAGAAAUCUAUUAAGCUGAAGUAUGUGAAGCUUGGUUAUCAUUACCUGAUAACUCAUGGAAUGUACCUUUGCCUUACCCCCCUUGUGGUGCUGAUUGCUGCUCAGCUCUCCACCUUCUCUUUGCAAGACUUUUAUGAUAUUUGGGAGCAUCUGCAAUACAAUCUGAUAUCUGUUAUUCUCUGUUCGACUCUCCUUGUUUUCCUAUCAACCCUUUACUUCCUCACUCGUCCUCGGCCAGUGUACCUUGUCAAUUUCUCUUGUUACAAGCCUGAAGAGUCUCGGCAGUGCACAAAGAGGACAUUCAUAGACCAUUCCCGUUUGACCGGUUCUUUCACUGAGGAAAAUCUUGAAUUCCAGAGGAAGAUCCUUGAGAGAUCUGGCCUUGGGGAGACCACUUACCUUCCUGAAGCUGUCCUCAACAUUCCUCCCAACCCUUCAAUGGAAGAAGCUAGGAAAGAGGCUGAGGCUGUGAUGUUUGGUGCCAUUGAUGAACUAUUAGCCAAAACCUCUGUAAAACCUAAGGACAUUGGGAUUCUGAUUGUAAACUGUAGUCUGUUCAACCCUACUCCAUCACUUUCGGCAAUGAUUGUCAAUCAUUACAAGCUUCGGGGGAAUAUAAGGAGCUACAACCUUGGUGGAAUGGGUUGCAGUGCAGGGCUGAUCUCAAUUGAUCUUGCCAAAGAUCUUCUCCAGGCCAAUCCCAACUCCUAUGCAUUGGUCAUCAGCAUGGAGAAUAUCACGUUGAAUUGGUAUUUUGGAAACGAUCGAUCGAAGCUUGUUUCCAAUUGUUUAUUUCGUAUGGGAGGAGCUGCAGUUCUGCUCUCCAACAAAAGCUCGGACAGAAGAAGAUCCAAAUACAGAUUGAUCACCACGGUUCGCACUCAUAAGGGUGCUGAUGACAAGUGCUUUAGCUGUGUAACACAAGAAGAAGAUGCCAAUGGCAAGAUUGGUGUUACUUUGUCAAAAGAUCUGAUGGCUGUUGCUGGUGAUGCUUUAAAAACCAAUAUCACUACACUGGGACCUCUCGUACUUCCGACAUCAGAACAGCUUCUAUUCUUUGCCACAUUAGUUGGGAAGAAAAUUUUGAAGAUGAAGAUCAAGCCUUAUAUUCCAGAUUUCAAGCUAGCUUUUGAACAUUUUUGCAUCCAUGCUGGUGGUAGAGCAGUUUUGGAUGAACUGGAGAAAAACUUGCAGCUGUCUCCUUGGCAUAUGGAGCCAUCAAGAAUGACCCUCUAUCGUUUCGGAAACACAUCCAGCAGUUCACUUUGGUAUGAGCUGGCUUACACUGAAGCCAAAGGAAGGAUCAGAAAAGGAGACAGAACAUGGCAAAUCGCAUUUGGUUCUGGAUUCAAGUGUAACAGUGCAGUGUGGAAGGCUCUCAAGACCAUCGACUCUGCUAAGGAAAAGAGUCCUUGGAUUGAUGAGAUCGAUCAGUUUCCAGUGGAUGUUCCUAGAGUAUCUUCAUUUUAAACAAUGCAAUUUUAAAUAUUUGUGUAUCACACUAUCAGCAUUAGGUGGUAGUUUUUGGACUACUGAGAUUUUCCUGCAAAGUUGUUGUAACACAUUGCUAAUUUCAGAGUAUUGUAGGAUUUUCAUUAGGACAAAACUUAGGUGUAUUGCAGUUAUUAGGUGUUUCUGGUUUUAUUUUCUUUCAAGAAUUAAAGGUUCAUCUUUAAUUCAAGGCUUAAUUAGGUUUUGUUGUCCCCAUGUUCAGAAUAAAAUCCGUGUUUGUCUCUCUA